AUGUUUCAAAUUGAUCGGUUCAAGAAAAGUAUUUCUUGUAAGAAAGAUAAAUCAGACUAUGCAGUUCUAUGUGACUCUGACAAACUCGCCACCGACGUUAAACGCCAAAGCACCAACGUAUACCCCGCUAUCGCCGUACGCUAUCCUACCGGCACGAAGAUUCUUUGGUCGGAAGCCUUGACAGGGCCCGGUGCAUUUCUUACCACACAUGAGGAUACCAUUUCAGACUCCACCAUUCCCCACAUCCCCCCCGGCACCCCCCGCCCCGCUAGGCACCUCCAUCUCCACAAAGUCGUCCCAAGCUCCAAUUCAAUCACCGUGAAAAGUGCGUGCGGUCCCCUCACUAUAUUUCCUGUCCAAUCAGAGUGUGGGACGUUCAAAGCAGGUUCUCGUCCUGAAGCCAAGUCGACGAAAGGGCCGUAUUUCAGAAUUCCCGCUCCACGCUUUACCGAUCAUAUGCGCUCUGCAGUUCCAAAGUAUGUGCUACUUGACUUGAAGAGACCUCUUCCUACCUCGAGCACUAUUCUUCAAACUUCUUCUACCCCUUCAAUCACUUCACCAGAGAAUACCGUCGAAACCUCCUGGCUCAGCAUACCUGAGCCUGCCCCUACUAGUGAGCUUCUCAGCAAAACCAUUCCUGUCGUUGAGGGAAUAGGUCUUUCCGAUGGAGUACAGAUGCUCCCCAUCUUGCCAAACGCAUAUACCGGCGCUAUCAUCACCGACUCAACUCAGCCAAAGACUAUUGUUGCCCAGAGCCGUGUCCAAAGUGUUGUCAUUGCUGAAGAUUCAGUAGAAACGGUUGGGCCUCCAAUACUUAAUGGUACAAGCCCUGCACCUUCAGAACUUAUCAAUCCCAUCAAACCUCCAAAAGAGAUUAACCCCUUUGAUUCAAAAAUGGUCGGUUCCACCAAGAAGAAAAAUGAGGUUGAGUCACUGUCUCUGGUAGAUUCUCUUGUUGCUUCUGCUCCAGAAUGCACCAGUAAACCGACUGGAGAUCAAAAAGCGGCCAACAUAGAUAUUCCAAACGUCAAAGAGGAAUCAAUCAUCUCCCCAACAGUAAUACAGCUCCACAAAAUCCUUUCUCUUGAUGAUCUUGUCAAAGAUGAGCAUCUUGCUUGGGGUUCUGAAGAAUCUACUUCGAAAGAUGAUAUUACCAUUGCUGGUGAUACCGAAAAGCACCCACCAACCAAAUCUACUACUGCCUCUUCCUCCAAAACGUCGUCAAUUGUCGAAGAUUCUCAUAUUUCCAUUACGGCCGCUGAGCUUGUCCCAUCUGAAUCCAUUAACGCUGUUCCGGAUAAACUCCAAGCACUUCCUCCCCAUCUACGACGACCCCCUGUUGCUCCUCCACCCCCUCUUGAAGCCCAAUACGUACCUCCACAUCUUCGUCCCCUUCAACACCUUUUACUCGGACACCCUACUCGACAGACGCCGAUUUAUCAGUCCGAAAAGGUCUUCCCUCACAAGCCCAACACAGUCACUCCGGUCCCACCUGGAGAUCUUUUAGAGAUCACAGACAUCGCAACUAUUGAACAUUUCUCAACCAAAAUAUCCAACCAUGGUGGAGCUACUCACAGCCAAAAAUCAGAGCCUUUGCCGUCUAUUUCUUCUCACUCUGCACAUAAGCUUACCAACCUAGUUACCAGACGCGAGUCUGUUCUUACUGAAAGCUCCGAAGAUUGUCCAAUUCGGCUAGCUGAGUCUGGUGCUCGCUCAGACACUUCCAUAAGCUCCGGAAAUAUGCAAGCGGGAGAACAACAGGAUCCUUUGAUGACUAAGCAGACUUCUGGGAGUACAUAUUUCGUUAAGACAGAAAAAGGUCUUAUUGAACUUCCUCUUAUGUACACUUUCUGUGAUGACAAACAAUGUCCAUUUAUCCAAAAUUAUACACCGUGCGAAAAGUCUCACGCCAAGCCGCCAAAAUUUUAUAUUCCUUUCAAAAAGCCAAUUUGUUCUGAAUCUGCUAUACGCGGUACCUGCCCCGCUGGGGGCAAGAGUUGUCAACAUGGUGCUCAUCCAUGCCCCUUUGGUAUUCGCUUUCAUAAAUGUCAUAAGCGUGAUUGUCCACUGGAUCAUUCAAUAACAAUAAACCCAGUUGGGGGGGUGUAUUCGAUAUUGAUUGGUGAAUCGCGAGAAAUUCCUACCAUUAAUGCCUUACAAGUAUACCCAGCUAGGAAGAAACACGGAGGAACUUAUAACCUUGAUCCUCCGGGUCUCUCAACCAUAACGGGUCCCAGGAGUGACAAUGACUGGUCUGACUUCACACGGAUAAGAAUACUGCCUACCUUGGACGAAGUAAUGUCGGAACGCCCGAUUUAUCUUCCGCACAAAAGCUCCAUAACAUGUCCACACGAUGUCUUUGAAGUGAGCUUUCGACAUCAACGUGAGGCGAUGUUGGGACAAGUCAAGCUAGCUCUUUCAAAUCUUAUCCACAAGGUGUUGCUGGGUGAACAGUUUAUUUCUGGUAGCAAGGAUGGCCAGGAGCCAACCUACAGAGUCUACAAAAAUUGCACAAUAACGCGCGGUUUCAUUGAACAAUGCAAAAUCCCUGUUCUUAACUUCAGUCUUUCGUUCGUGGCACCUGCCAAAGAACAGAUUGAUAAUGAAACUGUUCUUCGCAGUGGUCACCUGUUGGCUCUCUUAAUUCAGUCCGAUGGGGAUCUUUCGCUAGUUUGGUUACAAGCCACUCAAGAUUGGUCAAACAAGGAUGAACACGGGAAGGUUUCUGAUAUCGGUCGAGUGAAUGUUAAGAUUUUCAAUGAACCUACACAAAAAGUGGACAUGGAAAAAAUUCUUGCCCUACAUUCCAAACAGGACACAUGCAUAUUGGUAGAUUUUGGCGGUGUUCUUCCAGCAACCUUCAUCCAUGUUCUUUCUACUAUUCAAAAGUUUGAAAGCGAGAAACAUUCGUACUUCGCCAGAAAUUUAUUCCAGAAGGAAAUUCCAAAGAUUAUGUUCCACAUCCCAGAUUACUUAGAGGCCCGGGAGCUUGACUUUUCUUCCCUCGGGUAUGAAUAUAAGGCCAAAUUUGGCUCAGGGCGAGCGAAUUUAGAGCUUUUGACUUCAAUUAAGACGCAGCUUUCUCAGAAAAACUCUUCUGGAAUAAUCUUUACUACGGGCCAGAUAAAUGCGCUCAUCAAUUCAUUUACCUCCCGUCUAUCCUUUAUUCAGGGCCCUCCAGGAACUGGCAAGUCCUUCAUCGGCAAAUCAAUUAUCAAAAUGCUCGCUAUCAAUCGCCGUACCUGGAAUAAUGAUAAGACAACCCCCAUUCUACUAACAGCUCAAACAAAUCAUGCACUCGAUGAGACCAUAGCCGGAUACAUUAAGUGUGGUCUCAAGGUUGCUCGUUUGGGUGUCACCCCCGGCCAGGAGAUUCCUAAGCCUGACCACGUCGCGUACAAAACCCAUGUCCUCCCGAGAGAUAUUUACGAUCCAAUCCGUAGAGCUUAUAACCAAGCGCGCUGGCAAUCAGAGGCAUCUAGUAAGGAGCUUGAGUGCCUUAUAGGCGAGUAUACCAACUCCUCUGUUGCCUGGAGUCGCCUUGGACCGUUCCUUCAGAAAGAACAUCCAAACUUUUAUGAAGCUUUUCUCAAACUCUCGGGCGACGGGCGUGAAGCCGACGGAUUCAUUUCAUGGUCAAGUGAUGAGCAACAGAUCGAAGAAGCCUCUUUAAUUGCAGGACUGAAGUCCACUAUCCCUCAAGGGUUUCAGGGCUCGGGCUUAAAGAUAAAUGAACUUGAGAUCAGCUCUCAAGAGACAUUCUGUACAGAGGAGGUAGAAGACUCUCUUGAUCUAUGGAAAUUUACUCCUAGUGAGCGUCGGAACCUUAUCUGUGGAUGGAAAAUUGUUCUUGAUGCUACUCUCAACAAGGAUAUUGAAUCAGCGAGAGCUACGCUCCAGCAGUCAAACCGUGACAUAGAGAUCAACUUAGCAAAAGAAAACGCCGCAAGGAUGAUUGGCUUUGGCGUUGAUGUUGUUGCGUGCACUUCUACUCGAGCGGCCAGCGACAUUGAACUCUUGAAGCAUCUGAAAAUAGAGGUGGCUAUUGUUGAGGAAGCGGGUGAGAUUGUGGAGUCAAUGGUGCUCCCAAUUUUUGGAAGUACGCUGCAGCAGUUGAUAAUGAUCGGAGAUCAUAUGCAGUUAAAACCUUUCUGCAGUACUCCUGAACUUGCAGGCGGAUACUAUAAACAGGACCAAUCCCUAUUUGAGAGACUAGUGUGUCCAACCGCAGGCAUACCUAGCAGCAUACCUCUUGCACUGCUUGACUGUCAAAGAAGAAUGCGGCCUGAGAUUGCUGGUCUUGUACGCUCCUUGGGACUUUACAGAACUUUGAUGGAUGGUGAUAACGUCAAGUGCUACCCUGAUGUUCCUGGGAUGGGGGGCAAGAAUCUCUUAUGGUUAGACCACAAGUCAAAGGAAUCGUUCUCCGGAACAUCGUACUACAACAUUCAUGAGGCCGAUAUGAUUGCAGGAUAUGCUGCACAUUUAAUCGGAUCUGGAGAAUUUGGAAUUCGCGAUAUAGUGAUACUUACACCAUAUCGCGAACAGGUUUCUGUGAUUAAGAGGUUCCUCCAGAAACAGGGGGCAUUUGGCCUUGUAAUUCCGGCUGAAGAUAUGAGCUGCCUCGUUGGGAGAAACGCUGAAUAUAAUCCCCCGCUAGAGUCUGAAUCGAAAGAUUUCACAUUGAUAAACGUUGAUAUCUCGGAUGCGGUGCAAGUAACCACAAUUGACAACUACCAAGGCCAGGAAGCUGAUAUUAUCCUUUACUCUGCUGUCCGCAGCAAUAAUACUGGACGUCUGGGGUUUACGGACAUAACAAAUCGUGCCUGCGUCACUCUCUCGUAA